AUGGGUGACUCGUACGCGGCGGCGGCCGCCGCCUUCCCCAGCGCCCCGGGGCUGCUGUCCCCGUCCGCCAGCCCCCAGGCGCCCGCGGGCACCUACGGCCCCGACUACGGCCCCUUCGCGCCGUCCUUCGCGGCGCCGCCCGCCCAGGAGCCGCUCGUGGUGGCCACCAAGGGCCACGCGCCGGGCGACUGGUGCCACCCGCCGCUCGAGCGCCUGGGCGCCGCGGGCGCCCGCAAGAAGCCGCUGCACAGCUGCCACAUCCCGGGCUGCGGCAAGGUCUACGGCAAGGCGUCGCACCUCAAGGCGCACCUGCGCUGGCACACGGGCGAGCGCCCCUUCGUCUGCAACUGGCUCUUCUGCGGCAAGCGCUUCCCGCGCGCCGACGAGCUCGAGCGCCACGUGCGCAGCCACACGCGCGAGAAGAAGUUCACCUGCCUGCUGUGCGACAAGCGCUUCACCCGCUCCGACCACCUCUCCAAGCACCAGAAAACCCACGGGGAGCGCCCGUUCAUCUGCAACGAGUGCGGCAAGAGCUUCAGCCACUGGUCGAAGCUGCUGCGGCACCAGCGGACUCACACGGGCGAGCGGCCCAGCACAUGCGGCGAGUGCGGCAAGAGCUUCAGCCAGAACUCGCACCUGGUGCAGCACCGGCGCACGCACACCGGCGAGAAGCCCUACCGCUGCGGGGACUGCGGCAAGAGCUUCAGCUGGAGCUCCAACCUCAUCCAGCACCAGCGCAUCCACACGGGCGAGAAGCCCUACAGCUGCGCGCAGUGCGGCAAGAGCUUCACGCAGAGCAAGAACCUCAUCAAGCACCAGCGCACGCACUCGGGCGCGCGGCCCCACCGCUGCGGCCAGUGCGGCCGCGGCUUCGCGCAGAGCACCAACCUGCUCAAGCACCAGCGGGUGCACGCGGCGAGCUUCGCCAGGAGCGCCACGCUCGAGCGCCACAAGCGCGUCCACAAGCCGCUCUUCGCCAGCUGA